GCGGCGCCAUCCUUUGUCUAAAUUCUUGCGCUCUCCCACUUCGCUUCAUAUGUUAUUUUACAACUUUUUGUAGCCUGUUUACUUGUAUUUUUUGAUCGAAUUUUUCCGCGUAAGCAAAACCACCAAGUUUGCCGCGAUCUCUUCCCCAAGGAAACCGACGGAAAGCUCAAAACCGAAAGAUGUGAUAGAUCAUCGCGCGGUCGGACAAAAAGUCUCCAUCGUCAAGACCCGUCGGAGUCGAUGACAGCUUCCUGGUUAGGCUUAUUAUCGUUUAGGUAUCCUCAUUCAUUUUGAUAACUGGCAACAACUCUGUUCGUACCAUCGGAUUGUCAUCACGACACGAAGAACGAAUGUGAGAGUCACUGCAUUAGCAGUGAAUGCGAAUUUUUGGGGUGGAAACCGAAGACAUCAAGUGGAAGACUUAGACUGAUUAUAGGACGUCAAAAUUCUACAGCCAUCAUUUACGAAUAAGCAUUUACGGCAAUUCUAUGUUUCGGAUAGUCGACCCACCCCCCAAUUCCAGGCAGAGCGCUAGCGAGUGGAUCUAUAAGAUGUUAUUUCUCUGGUCGAGGGAACCAAUCCCGGAUCCAAGAGCCGGUCCAUGGUUUGCCUGGUUCGCGACGGCUGUUCUAUUGUGGCGUUGUCGGCGUCGCAUUACCAAAGCGAUUUUGGCUAUUUCACCCCUGAGAUUGUUAAAGAGACGUGCUAUCGGUCUAGCUAUCAAUCAGAAGAUGAUUUUGAAGCAACAAAAGAGACACAGCCUUGCCCAGCUACACAAGCAUAAAACUGUCGGCAUACGGCGAGCGAAGCGACUGUGCACCGGCGAUGGUCCGCAUGUGUCCGGCAAUAUAUCCAUGAUACCACAGAUUCACUACAGAGUCACCAGGAGUGGUAGAAUCUACGGAAAAUAUCCGAACAAGACCGCUAUCCCAAAUGGCAGCAUUCAAGAAAGCCAUUGAUAUCGCGCUAAAAUUAUCAAACACUCAGUUACUGUUUUGUCUCUGUAUA